GAGAGAGAGAGAGAGGAAGCUGCAGCUGCUCACACACACACACACACACACACACUGUAAAUCCUCUCCUCGUCCUCAUCCGCGUCUCUUCCUCCGCGCUGUUCGGAUCAACUUUGGAAGUUUAUUUCCAUCCAGAACCGCGAUGGAGCCGUGAAGUCGGGUUAAUUGGUGUAUUUAAUGCAGAUCCGGGAUUUGGAGCCACUGUAUGCAGACUGCUUUCUCUGUGAGGCUUCAUGUGUCAUUUAUUUGAGCUGUGCUGUGAAGUGGAGGACGAGUGGAAGAAAAGGCGAGCAGACGGAGAGACGCAGUGGAGGAAAAGAGACGAGUUGCAGCAUGAAGGGAUCAUGGAGGUGAACGAGCGACGGCUGCACUCUUCCCUCAGAGAGCGGAUGGAACAAGGGAGAGGAGGAGAGAGAGAAGAGGAGGAAGAGGACGGAGGGAUGGAGAGACUCGGGAGGAAGGUGUACAGCUCGAGCGAUACACUGAAGGCCUUUGAGAAUCAUCACGUGGUGGAUAUAAACUCGGGAGAGAUGCUGAGCAAAUACACGACAGCUCAGUCUUUGUCGCUGCAUCAGCUGGGGAUUUGCGCUGCAGCUCCUCGCCGCGGUCUGAGCUUUUGUGCUGAAACCGGACUGGACCAUCGCAUCCAGAACACGGGGGGCGUGUCGAUCUCUCCGGACUGCGCCAUUCGUCUGUGGGACAGGGGGGUUAAAGCGCAUGGACGUGAAUCUCGAAUGUCCAGUCUGUCCAACUCGGCUCUGACGCUCACGGACACGGAGAACGACGGCAAAGCGGAGCACGACGGCGAGCUGCUGUCGUCACAGCAAGCCCCGCCCCCUCCCACGCCACAUCAGAAUAAGCAGCACCUGUCAAUCAAUCCGCCGCUGACCAAUCAGAAGUUCCAGAGCGCGUCGGAGUGUGUGCAGCUGCAGGAGAACUGGGUUCUGGGCACCAGCGUGGGUCUGCAGAGCAGGCACUACCUGUUAAAGACUGGCACUGGCUCUGCCUCUCUCUUUGCCACGCCCACUCCAGGCUUCACCAUGGCAACAGGGGCGGUGUACUGCCCACCGGCACGCCCCUUUCUCCGAAACAAGCUGUCCAGGGGCGCGUUCCAAUUCAACAAAUCACCAAAACACUGCUCCUGGAAGUGCACUGCUCUGAGCGCAGUGGGCGUGGCCACGCUGCUGUCAGUCAUGCUCUGCUACUGCAUAGUGAUGCAUGUGUUUGGACUGAACUGGAAGCUGAAGGAUGUUCACACACACACGUUUGAGAACGGUCGUGUUUCCUCCGUCACCUCGUCCACCAGCACCGACACGUCACUCAACACACUCAACACACUCAACACACACGGCAGGACUGACCCCGGGCAGGACUCGGGGCAGGUGCAGGUGGGGCAGCAGGUGAGUUACUCGGUCGUCCCGGGGCUUUUCUGGAGAUCGAACAUCGUCCUGGAUCAGUCACAGUUCCUCAAAUUCAACAUCUCCAUCCAGAAGUACGCUCUGAUAGGAGUAUACGCGAGGAAAGGGCUCCCCCCCUCACACACACAGUAUGAUUUUGUGGAGCUGCUCGAUGGCAGCCGUCUGAUUUCCCGGGAUGCGGAGGUGAGGGACGGCAUGGAGAGCCCGGUCAGCGUUCACUGUGCUGGAUUUAUUCAGUAUCUUCACGCUGGAGUUUGGCAUCUCGCUUUUUAUAACGAUGGACUGAAUCCAGAACCUGUUUCAUACAACACUACAGUUCUGGAUUCCGUAAUGGAGUGUCCACACAACUGUUACGGAAACGGAGAGUGUGUAUCCGGCGCCUGUCGCUGUUUCCCAGGAUUCCUCGGGCCGUAUUGCGCUCAGCCCGCCUGCCCUGUGUUGUGCAGUGGUAACGGAGAUUACAGCAGGGGGCGCUGUCACUGCUACAGCGGCUGGAAGGGGACGGAGUGUGACGUCCCUGUCGCUCAGUGUGUGGACGCCCAGUGUUCGGGUCACGGCGUGUGUGUGUCUGGAGUGUGUGUGUGUAACCGUGGAUACAAAGGCGACAUCUGCGAUGUGGUGGACUGUGUGGACCCGUCCUGUUCGGAUCACGGCUCUUGUCUUCACGGUCGGUGUCACUGUUUUGCGGAAUGGACCGGAUCCAGAUGUGAAUCUCAGGUGUCUCUUUGUCCUGAACACUGCUCUGGUCGAGGGAUUUUUGAGAGCAAGGCGUGCGAAUGCGAACCCACCUGGACCGGACCAAACUGCUCCACCGAGGUGUGUGCUGCAGACUGCGGGCCGCACGGUGUGUGUGUCGGCGGUGUGUGUCGCUGCACAGACGGCUGGUCGGGGGUUCGGUGCGAGCAGGAGGAGUGUAAACCGCGCUGUGGCGAACAUGGUGUGUGUCAUGAAGGUCAGUGUGUGUGUCAUCAAGGCUGGACGGGAGAGCACUGUAACAUCGCUCACUUCCUGGACGGUAAAAUCAAAGACAGUUGUCCCGGUCUGUGUAACAGUAACGGUCGGUGUGUUCUGGAUCAGAACGGAUGGCACUGUCUCUGCCAGCCCGGCUGGAGAGGAACAGGAUGUGAUGUUGCCAUGGAAACCGUUUGCGCUGACGGAAAAGACAACGAAGGAGACGGUCUGACGGACUGCAUGGAUCCGGACUGCUGCGUACACACUUCCUGUCAGGAACAGUUCUACUGCCAUGGAGCACCUGACCCUAAAACCACGACCCCUCAGCGACCUUUAACCCCCACCAUGACCUUUUAUCAGCGAGUCAGCUUCCUGAUAGCGGCGGGAGGAACUCAUCGACUUCCUGCAGAAAAUCCGUUUAACAGCAGUCUGGUGUCUGUGAUUCGAGGUCAGGUGAUCACAGAGGACGGGACGCCGCUGAUCGGAGUGAACGUCUCGCUGCUGCAUGAUACGGAACACGGAUACACCAUCACACGCCAGGACGGCAUGUUUGAUCUGUUGGUGAACGGCGGAUCGUCUCUGACUCUGAGUUUCACUCGCGCUCCGUUUCCCAUCGUGCACCACUCCGUGUGGUUGCCAUGGCAAGUGUUUCACGUGAUGAACCGAUUGGUGAUGAGGCGGGAAGAAAAGGACACGCCCAAAUGUGAGCUCAAUGGCCUUGUAAGACCCGCCCCACAAAUUGUGACAUCACCACUAUCAACCUUUUACAGCUCCACCCCUGAGGCCACACCCAUCAUACCUGAGACACAGGUUCUCCACGAGCAGACGGCCGUCCCCGGCAGCGAUCUGAACCUGGUGUAUCUCAGCUCUCGAGCGUUCUCGUACAAACCUGUCCUGAAAGUGAUCAUGACCGAGUCAGUCGUUCCCUUCGGCCUCGCUAAAGUGCACUUGAUGGUGGCUGUGGAGGGAAGAAUGUUCCAGAAGGAAUUUCCGGCGUCUCCGAGACUCUCCUUCACGUUCAUCUGGGAUAAAACCGAUGCUUAUGGACAGAAAGUGUACGGCCUGGCGGAGGCUGUGGUGUCUGUGGGCUUCGAGUACGAGUCGUGCCUGAGCGUGGUUCUCUGGGAGAGGAGAAGCUCCACGCUGCAGGGGUUUGAACUCGACGCCUCCAACAUGGGCAGCUGGACGCUGGAUAAACAUCACGUCCUGGAUCUACAGAGCGGGAUCCUGUAUAAAGGAAACGGCGAGAAUGUGUUCCUGUCCCAGCUGCCCCCGGUCAUCAGCACCAUCAUGGGUAACGGACGCCGGAGGAGCAUCUCCUGCCCCAGCUGUAAUGCCCCGGCUGGGGGUAACAAGCUGCUCGCACCUGUAGCGCUGGCGUGGGGCAGAGACGGAAGUCUGUACGUGGGAGACUUCAACUACAUCCGACGCAUCGAUCCAUCAGGAAAUGUUACCAGCAUCAUGGAGCUCAGGAAUAAAGAUUUCAGACACAGUAAUAACCCGGCUCAUCGGUACUACCUGAGCUCGGACCCUGUGACGGGACAGCUGUACGUAUCGGACACCAACUCCAGGCGGAUUUACCGGCCCCGAGUGCUGUCCGGAGAGCUGGAACCCCAGGCAAACGUCGAAGUCGUAGCAGGAACCGGGGAUCACUGUCUGCCUUUCGAUGAGAAUCAGUGUGGAGAUGGAGGACCAGCCUCUGAGGCCCUACUCACAGGACCUAAAGGGAUUGCCGUGGACAAAAACGGUCUGAUCUACUUCGUGGAUGGAACAGUGAUUCGCAGAGUGGACCAGAGCGGCAUUAUUACGACUGUCCUGGGGUCGAACGACCUCGCUUCAGCCCGGCCUCUCAGCUGUGACGCAGUUAUGGACAUCCAGCAGGUUUCACUAGAGUGGCCGACGGAUUUGGCCGUCAGUCCGAUGGAUAAUUCUCUUUUCGUGCUGGACGGCAGUGUGGUUUUGCGGAUUACAGAAGAAGGGCAGGUUAGCGUCGCAGCAGGUCGACCUCUUCACUGUCCGAUGCCCGUCGCUGAACUUUCAGUAACCGAGACCCAGCGUGCCACACACACUCACCUGGAGUCUCCGAGCGCCAUCGCCGUGUCCUUCACUGGAGUGUUGCACGUCGCAGAAACGGACGAGCGGAAGAUGAGUCGCAUUCGCAGCGUGGCACCAGACGGCGAGAUCACCCACUCAGCUGGGUCACUGUCCGACUGCGACUGCAAAACGGACGUUAACUGCGAUUGCUACCUCACUGGAGACGGUUUUGCUAAAGACGCUCGUCUCAAUGCGCCUUCCUCGCUCGUAGCUGCUCCGGAUGGAACGUUGUACGUUGCCGAUCUUGGGAAUAUCCGUAUCCGAGCUAUCGGGACGAACAAACCGCAGCUGAACACACGAGGACUUUAUGAAGUGGCUUCCACAGCAGAACAGGAAGUGUACAUGUUUGACUCGAACGGAACGCACCAGCACACUGCUAAUCUUGUGACUGGAGAUUUUAAAUACAACUUCAGCUACAGCAACGACGGGGAUCUGACCUCCGUCACCGAUUGCCAUGGAAACACACUCCGCAUCCGGAGAGACGCUAACCGGCAGCCGGUCCGAAUCGUAGCGCCUGAUAACCAGGUGGUAUGGUUAAACAUCGGCUCCAACGGGGCGCUAAAAAGCCUGGGAACGCAGGGGCGGGAUCACGUGAUGCUCACUUACCAUGGCAACAGUGGUCUCCUAGCAACCAAGAUCACCUCCAAUGGAUGGACCACCUUCUACGAUUAUGACAGCGAAGGAAAGCUGACCAACGUGACAUUUCCCAGCGGCGUGGUGAUCAGCCUGCUCGGGGACGCCAGCGUCGUGUCCGCGGUGGAAAUGGCAAACUCUGAGAGAGAAGAAGAAGCCGGGAUUACGGCGAACACAUCAGCGAUUCAGACGGUCCUUACGCUACAGCAGGAUCAGCUGAAGACGAGCUACGUGGUGGGUUACGACAGCUCUCUGUGGGUUUUAUAUGCAAACGGAUUGAACGCUCAUUUCCAAACCGAACCUCACAUCCUGUGUGGCGCGGCGUCUCCUACGGUGGCUCGGAGGAACGUCACGCUUCCUGACGACGCCGGACAAAACCUCGUCGAGUGGCGCUUCAGGAAAGAACAGACUCGCUCUAAAGUCACAGUGUUCGGACGCAAACUGCGAGUGAACGGUCGGAACAUCCUGUCUGUCGAUUACGACCGCACGCUGAGAACCGAGCGAAUCUACGACGAUCACCGCAAAUUCCUGCUGAAAAUCAGUUAUGAUUUAACGGGACAUCCUGCUGUGUGGACGCCGAGCAGCAAAUUACUGCUGGUGAACGUGACUCGGAGGAGCAACGGGCAGCUGAGCGCCAUCCAGUGGGGAUCUGUGUUAGAGCGAUUAGAGUACGAUGAACAAGGACGCAUUCGCACUCGAGUGUUUCCUGAUGGGAAAACGUGGAGCUACACAUACCUGGAGAAGUCCAUGGUGCUGAUCCUGGCCAGUCAGCGGCAGUUCACCUUUGAGCACGACUCCGAUGGCGAACUUUCAGCUGUCGUCAUGCCCAGCGUCGCGCGCUACACCAUGGAAACGAUUCGCUCCAUAACCUAUUACCGAAAUCUUUAUCAUCCUCCGGAAAGCAACGCGUCUCUAGCUGUGGACUACAGCGAAGACGGACGGCUUCUCCGAUUGCUUCGGACAGGAACAGGACGUCGAGUGAUUUAUCGCUAUCGAUGGAAUGACAAGCUAGCCGAAGUCGUGUACGAUAGCACGCGUGUCAGUUUCACGUAUGACGAAACACUCGGCGUGUUAAAGACUGUGAAUCUGCAAAAUGAAGGCUUUAUCUGCACCAUCAGAUACAGACAGCUAGGCCCCCUAGUGGACAGACAGAUAUAUCGCUUUAGCGAAGACGGGAUGGUGAGCGCAAGAUUUGAUUACGCGUACGAUGGAAAUCUUCGCGUGAGCAGCAUUCAGGGCGUGAUCAACGAGACCCCACUGCCUAUCGACCUCUACCAGUAUGACGACAUUUCUGGAAAAGUGGAGCAGUUCGGGAAAUUCGGUGUACUCUACUACGACAUCAAUCAGAUCAUUUCCACCUCUGUUAUGACUUACACUAAACAUUUCGACGGCCACGGACGAAUCCGGGAGAUCCAGUACGAGCUUUUUCGGACGCUGCUCUUCUGGAUCGCGGUUCAGUACGAUGAAAUGGGUCGAGUCACGUCAAGAGAGAUGAAAAUCGGACCUUUCGCGAAUGCUACAAAAUACAGCUACGAAUACGACGUGGAUGGCCAGCUGCAGACCGUCUACCUGAACAAAAAACCAACAUGGCGAUAUAGUUACGAUUUAAACGGAAACAUCCACCUUCUUAGCCCAGCGAUCGGCGCACGGAUCCUCCCGCUACGCUACGACCUUCGAGAUCGUAUCACUCGACACGGAGACCUUCAGUACGAGCAGGACGAGGACGGAUUUCUACGCCAGAGAGGAGCCGAAGUCUACCAUUACAACUCGAAUGGACGCCUCGAGCGUGUUUAUAGCAAGUCGAGUGGCUGGAGCGUUCAGCAUCGCUACGAUGGGUUAGGACGGAGAAUUUCAACUAAAUCCAGUUUGGGGCAGCAUUUGCAGUUUUUCUACGCAGACCUGAGCUACCCGAGCCGCAUCACACACGUCUACAACCACUCCAGUGCAGAGAUCACCUCUUUGUACUACGACCUCCAGGGGCACGUGUUCGCCAUGGAGAUUAGCAGUGGAAAAGAGUUUUACAUAGCGUGUGACAAUACCGGCACGCCGCUAGCGGUUUUUGGGAGCGACGGAGCGCUUUUGAAGCAGAUACACUACACGGCGUACGGAGAAGUUUAUUCCGAUUCGAACCCUGAUCUCCAGCUCAUACUCGGGUUCCAUGGCGGUCUCUACGAACCACUGACUAAGCUCAUUUACUUUGGGGAACGGGAUUACGACAUCAUUUCCGGCCGCUGGACCUCACCAGAUAUCACAUUAUGGGAAACGAUUGGGAAAAACCCGGCACCAUUUAACCUCUACACGUUCCGUAACAAUGAUCCCAUCAGCAAGGUUCAGGAUGUGAAAGAGUUUCUCACGGAUGUGAACACCUGGCUGGUUGUAUUCGGGUUUCAUCUCCACAACAGCAUUCCCGGAUUUCCAGUUCCCAAGUCUGGAAUGACUCGAGUGUCUUAUGAACUGGCUAAGAGUGAAAUUUGGGACAAUCUUCCGGCUAUUGGAGUUCAGCAGCAGGUCCUGCGUCAGGCGAAAGCAUUCCUGGCAUUUGACCGGAUGCCACAAUCUCGCAAACCGACCAAACCCUGGCUCUGGUUUGCUCCCAGCGAGUCUCUGAUCGGCCGGGGCGUCAUGGUGGCGCUGUACAAAGGCACGGUGAUAACUCGCGCUAUCAGCAUCGCUAAUGAAGACUGCAUCAAAGUCGCUAACAUCCUCAACGGAGCCCUGUAUCUUAAAGAUCUGCAUUUCACGUUGGACGGACGUGACACGCAUUACUUUGUAAAAACAGGAUCUCCGGAAGCGGACCUGGCUGCACUUCGGCUGGUGACGGGACGUAAGCAGCUCGAGAACGGCGUUAACGUGAGUGUGUCUCAGUCGACGGCGGCGAUGGGCGGACGCACACGCCGUUUCGCUGACGUGGAGCUGCAGUGUGGUGUGCUAACCCUUCACGUGCGCUACGGAGCCUCUCUGGAUGAGGAGCGGGCGCGAGUGCUGGAGUUAGCGCGACAGAGGGCGCUGGCGAGCGCGUGGGCGCGGGAGGCGCAGUGCAUACGGGACGGAGAGGCGGGAACUCGUCUGUGGACGGAGGCAGAGAAGAGGCAGUUACUCAACGGAGGACGAGUGCAGGGAUACGACGGAUAUUACGUUCUCUCGGUGGAACAAUAUCCGGAAUUAUCCGAUAGCAUGAACAACAUACAGUUCCUCAGACAGAACGAGAUCGGAAAAAGGUAGCAGAGAACUCUCUUUAAUACUUAACGAGGAAUUAUUUAUAUGCACAUAUACGGUCAGGUUCUAAAUUCUGAGUGCACCACCACACGUCACACUAAGGCUGUGUCUCAAAUCACACUCUAUGCACUAUACACGUACACUCUACUCAGUGUCACUGUAUCCAGUAGUGAACUGUCUGUCUCGAGCGCUAAUGACUAGUGUUGAUGGCUGAUGACUCCGCCCCUUCCGAUGCAUAGUGCAAGGCCACAUAUACUCUACAUGUCCGGUGUUCUACACUUAAUUUCCAUCUAAUUCUACUACUUAGUGCACAUUUAGUGGACUACAUCUCACUGAGGUAAUCUCAAGAGAGUUUCACUCAUGUAAUGUUAUCAAUAACAGCGAUGUAGCUACAGAAAUUAUAGAAAUCAGAUGUUGUGUCUUUGAAACAUGAGCUGAUUUCAUUCACAUUAGUCCUCUCUAUGUAGUGUAAUGUAGUGUAAAUUAAAUCAGGGGUGGAUUUGGGUUCAAUUUAUUAGCUAGUGCAUCAGGCAGGUAAAAGCUCCAGUGUGCUGCUCAGUCCCGUGUUCUGGCCCAGAAAUCUCACUGACAAAGCAAAAAAAAAAGUGGUAGCUAAUAUAACGUAAUAACGAGAAAUGGCUAAUUAGCUAGUAAAGCGUGUUAAAACAUGACUUCAUGAGGCUGUACUCUUUACUGAAAACGCAGUACAUCUUGUUUGCAACUCUGACACGUCGUUGGUCCUUGCUUUGCCAUAAAAUAUUAGUCUUUAUUAACAGCUAGACAAAUAAAUAUUAUUUUCUCUUGAUGUGUUUAACCGUAAGAUGCUUGUUGCUGAUACCAGGAGAGAUAUACGACAGAUUUGCAUGCCGUCUUGCCUCGGCGGAUGUGUGUAGUGCAGCAGGUCGUUUCAUAACGAGUCGCGUGAGUUAUAGUUACAGCGUCGAGAUGAGUCACAUCAAUAUAGCUGCACACCAGACCACAAUUAUUUGCUUUGCAAAAGUCAACAGGAAGUUGGGUUUCUUAACUGAUCAUUUUAUUAGUCGUUGAAUCUAUUUGUCUGUCAGUAAACUACGAAUAAAAAAACAAAUAGCAGGGUCUUCUCGUCUCGAAAUCGUAACCGCUGAUUUCAUCAUAAUUCACAUUCUACCGACUUUCCGCUACCAAACUGCGCUUGUUAGCGUCGCAGUGUAUCAGGACGCAACCGGUAAAAUUCACACACGAGCAAAUUAGUGCUGUUUUACCUGUUUGGUGAGAUUUAAAAACCGUUUAAUGACUCAUCAGAUAAACCCAGUUGUUGGUCGUGCACUCAGACAUUCAGACCUGACAGUAUAAACGUAAAAAGUGUUAAAAUAACGCUGUGCGUUGUAGAACAUUAGCGUGUUACAAACCCAUCUAAAGCCUCAAGAAGGCCAAAAACUGUGGAGCACAAUGCAAAAUUGUGAGUUAAGGACUUGGAUUAUGUAAGAACAUUACUACCCUUAUCUGAGUAUUUAUUAAAUAUUCACUUCACCAAGUUCCCUUAAAAUAUAUCAGAAAAAAAAGAAAAUGUUUACAUAUCCAUAGCUCUGCACCAAUGGAACAAUGCCACUCAGAAAUCCCACUCUUUUAUUUUUUUAUCUUUAGCUUUUUUUUCUCCCAUAGAUGUCUCAAUGUGUAUUGUAUUGUAAAAAAGUAAUAUUUCAGAAUUUCAAAGACCAAAUUCUACUGUUUUUUUCUCAUUAAUUUAUUUAUUUUCAUGUUAUAAUUUCCUGUUUUUGUCACACGAAUCACAUUUGAUAGAUCAAUUAAUUAACAAUACUGUGCAACAAAGCUUAUUGUAUAGCUAAUAAAAAAUAUAUCGAGUCUAAUUAAGAGUAAAGGAAACAGCACUACAAUAAAAUCUGCGCAUUUA